UUGUGUGUAUUAAUAACUUUGUUUUGCUUUUGUCAGUAAAGAAAUUUCCCAGAUUGUAUCAGUUCAGAUUCAGCCGGCAGACCACAGGAUGGCAGCAGAGCUUUUUAUUAACCAUGAAGUGAAGCAGACAGAAGAGAGAUUAUUCUCAUAAGAUAUUAACACCUGAAACAAACAGAAACAACACAGCAUCCUCAUCCUGUAUCUUAUGUUUCAUGAUAAAGUAUAAAGGUGGACAAUAAAUGACAUUGGAUUUGGAUCAGAGGGCAGUAAAGUAAGUUUUGAACGUAUCUGAUGUUUAUAUCGACAUUAAUGAUUCAUAAUUCCACUUCUGAUCGCCUGUCACUAUAGAUAAUCUUCAGGUGAAGCUGCUGUUUAUUAUCAGUCAUACUAAUUAAGGUUAUUAGUUGAUUAGAGUUGUGUUGAGCACCAGGGUCGGACGUACCAUUAACUGCCUCGGGCCCCAGAAACGCAUCAUAAACUUCUGGUUGAUAAAAUAUAAAUCUACUUUUCUGUAAUUAAUUGUAAAUAUCACGCGCUUAAAUGGCCUCACAAUGCUUGAUACCCCCCGUCUCCACUACAAUGGACUGUUCCAUCUCACUGCGCAUGUGCGGAAAUGACUCAGGCAGCAAGACAAACAGAAUGGCGCGAAGUCACCGGACAGGAACAUGGAGGCAGCGGGAGGAAACCUGGACGUUUGUGGCAAAACCACCGAAGGUGACGAGCUUUUUACCGGCGGCCACUAGUGAUGACAUCAUCAGUAAACAGGAAGAAGAAGCUGUUGCUUCUUGUGUUAGCAUUAUCGGUGUUAGCAUAAGCGGUGCUGACAGCGAGCAGCUGCCCGCUGUCGUACGUGUGAGCCCGGAUAACGUCCGCAGGGCUGCCGCUGCCUGCAGGAGACUGUCAGCACGGAGCUUACCGAUCAAUACUGAUCAAUACUCAUAUCCUUUACUUCAGUCAAAGUAUCAGUACAGAUCAAUACUCACAUCCUUUACUUCAGUCAAAGCACUCAUCACUCCACUAAAAGCUUAAGUCCUGCAUUUGAAACUUGCUGCAGUAAAGACAUGGAAGUAUUAUCAGCAGAGUAAAGAUGGCUCGCCUGCGAAUGGAUCAUUCAACGGAACGACUCUUAAACACGAUGGAACUGAACUGAUGCUCACAGACUGGUCGCUGUGUUGUUAUCAGAGUGGUGAAGAGGACUGAGAGCCGGCCAAUCGGAGUCCAGCACAGAGGACCGUUCAGCAGCUCAUCAGCAGGACGACAGACACACUUUCAGACACUCCGGCGCCGUUAAUGACGUCACUGUUGUCACACAGUUGAAACGUGAAUUGAAACCUCCAUGUGUUCGUCCACAGUGCAAUGCAUGAUGGUAAAUAUUGCUUGUGAUGCAGCUCCUGACGUGUGGACGUGACGUCUGUGUCAGUGAUGAUGAAGAGGAGAUCAGCUUCACCAGGAGACGUGGCAGCCCCACAGAGGAUGAACCUCCUGUAGCAGACGAUGGACCUGCACACCUCCAGGACCUGCACACCCCCAGGACCUGCACACCUCCAGGACCUGCACACCCCCAGGACCCUGAGACAUGCAGGAAACUGAAUCUGGAGUUUUGGACGGCUGGUUUUACCAAACAAGACACCUGAAGAUGUCACACUGGACUCUGGGAAACUAUCAUGAGGUGCUGCAGAGUGUGAAGAUGGCCAACGCCGUGGCUUCCUACGACCAGCUGGCCCACCAGGUGGAGGCGCUCCGCAAGGAGAACUCCCACCUGCGGAGGGAGCUGGAGGACAACUCCAACCACCUGUCCAAACUGGAGACGGAGACCUCCGGCAUGAAGGAGGUGUUGAAGCAGCUGCAGAGUAAACUGGACCAGGAGGCGGGAACACUGGCCUCGUCCGGGAGGAGCGACGUGCUGCACCAGCUCAAAGAGCUCCACAUGGACCUCACCAACUACUACGAACUCAAACACCAACCUCACAAGCUGAGGCUGCUGACGGACAGUCUGGGAGGGGCGGAGCUCGACGACCGCCUGGCUCUGCCUCCUUCCUCCUGCUCCUCCUCCUCAGCGGCGGCGGCGAGCAGAGCCAAGAGUCCGAUCAGACCUUCGUCUCGUCUGAGCGUGUCGUCCGGGGGCGAGGCCGCCGCAGUCAUGCUGCCGCAUCACUUCCUGGACGGAGCCCCGCCCAAAACUGCUGUGAUCAGUGGAGCGGACGGGCGACAGAGCGACCACCACGUGGAGGAGCUGUACAAGGAGAGGAACCUCCUGCUGGGUGAGAUCGACCGUGAGGAGAGGGAGCGCUGCUGGUACUUCAGCCAGCUGGAGGCGCUGUCACAGAGACUGGCUCAGCUGCCUCGCAUCGACACGUUCUCUCUGCAGAUGGAUCUGAUCCGGCAGCAGCUGGAGUUUGAAGCUCAGCAGGUUCAGUCUGUGAUGGAGGAACGAUUCGGCACGAGUGACGAGGUGGUGCAGAGGACACAGAUGCGUGUUUCUCGUCUGGAGCAGCUGGAGAAGGAGCUGCAGGAGGCCCGGGGCAGUCAGGAGAGCCAGCUACAGCUGUCCGGGGCUGAGAAGCCGCCUGCUGGAGAACCAGAGAACAACACGUCCUCUGCUGCUGCAGCAGGAGCAGACGGAGCAGCUGACGGAGGCAGCAAGGUGGAGAUGGUGUUCUGGCUGCUCUCCAUGCUCGCCAACAGAGAUAAGGAGGAGAUGUCUCGGACUCUUCUGGCUCUGUCCAGCUCUCAGGACAGCUGCAUCGCCAUGAGGAAGUCCGGCUGCGUCCCGCUGCUGGUCCAGAUCCUGCACGAAGCUCCCGCUGGAGGCAGCGGACCAGGAGAGACCGCGGCUGGCGGGACGACGACAGGCUGCAGCCGAGAGGCCAAAUCCAGAGCCAGCGCCGCCCUCCACAACAUCAUCUACUCCCAGCAGGACGAGGGCCAGGCCCGCCGCGAGAUGAGGGUGCUGCACAUGCUGGAGCAGAUCCGGACCUACUGCGACAGCGGCUGGGACUGGAUCGAGAGCCACGCAGGGACGCCUUCACCCGGAGGAACCAAAACCACCGACAUCCCAGAACCUGUGGACCCUCAGAUCUGUCAGGCCAUGUGUGCUAUCAUGAAGCUGUCCUUUGAAGAGGAGUACCGACGCGCCAUGAAUGAAUUAGGUGGUCUGCAGGUGGUGGCCGAUCUGAUCCACCUGGACCAGGACAUGUACGGCAUGCAGAACGACCCCAUCAAUAUGGCGCUGCGCCGCUACGCAGGGAUGGCAGUGACCAACCUGACCUUCGGAGACGUCGUUAACAAGGCCACUCUGUGCUCAAAGAAGAGCUGCCUCCAGGCUCUGGUGGCCCAGCUGGCCUCAGACAGCGAGGAGCUACAUCAGGUGGUCUCCAGCAUCCUGAGGAAUCUGUCGUGGAGGGCCGACAUCAGCAGCAAGAAGGUCCUCAGAGACAUCGGCUGUGUGUCCGCACUGAUGACCUGCGCCCUGCAGGCCACCAAGGAGUCGACCUUGAAGAGUCUCCUGAGCGCUCUGUGGAAUCUGUCGGCUCACAGCAUCGACAACAAGGUGGCGAUCUGUUCUGUGGACGGAGCUCUGGGCUUCCUGGUCAGCACGCUGACGUACCGAUGUCAGACCAACUCGCUCGCCAUCAUCGAGAGCGGUGGAGGGAUCCUACGAAACGUGUCGAGUCUGGUCGCCACACGAGAAGACUACAGACAAAUCCUCCGAGACCACAACUGCCUCCACACUCUGCUGCAGCACCUGCGCUCCCACAGCCUGACCAUAGUGAGCAACGCCUGCGGGACUCUCUGGAACCUUUCUGCCCGGAGCCCAAAAGACCAGGAGCUGCUGUGGGACCUCGGGGCCGUUAGCAUGCUCCGCAACCUGAUCCACUCCAAGCACAAGAUGAUAGCCAUGGGCAGCGCCGCAGCUUUGAGGAACCUCCUCACCAACAGACCCCUGAAAUAUAAGGAUGCUGCGGUCGUAUCGCCUGGCUCCUGCAUGCCCUCCCUCUACAUGAGGAAACAGAAGGCUCUGGAGGCAGAGCUGGACGCCAAACACCUCGCAGAGACUUUCGAUACCCUUGAGAAGCAGAGCCCCAAACACUUGACCCUCAACAAGCCACUACGGCACAUUGAGAGCCUGGCAAAGGAUUACGCAUCCGAUUCUGGUUGUUUUGAUGACGACGAGGCUCCGAACGUCUCCAGUAGCCUGGACACUGGGAGCUUCUCUAUGCUGUCCAUGUUCCUUACCAACUCUAACUUCCUGCAAAACCAGCCACGUAAAAGAGACAAUGAACCCGAGAGAGACGUAGAGCCGCCGCAGAUGGUGGAGAAGAGACGUGCACCUCCUGACGAUGUGGUGUCUGCUGCUGCAGAGAAGUUAGCAAAAAAGAUCACCAAUACAGUUGCAAAGAUCGACAGGUUGGUGGAAGACAUCACCAUGCACACAUCCUCAGAGGACAGUUUUAGCCUCAGCUCUGAGGACCACCUGGCAGACUGGCCUUACGGCCUAGAUGAACUCAAUGAAGCCAGGGCAAAAUCAUGCUCCCCCUGCCGUCUCUCUGAUACCAGCAGCCUGGCCCAAAGAGAGCGCCUCAGCAGAGCCCACGCACUCCUGCGUCUCAAAACUGCCCAUACAAGUGUGUCAACGGACAGCCUGAACAGUGGAAGCACCAGUGAUGGCUACUGCGGCAGCAAAGACCAGAUGCGACCUGCUCCAAGAGCUCUAAUGCUGCAACAACGACCCAACCAGCUCGAUCUCAAGGUGGCUCAUCAAGAUUACCUGGGGCCAUCUGUCCUGAAUGAGACGAACCAGCAUGAUAUCCCUGAGAGAGAUUCUCUGGACAACAAAGUUUUGAAAGCUCUUGAGUUCAGCAGCACAGAUGCAGAAAAGAACCAGGAUCAACCAGUCCAGUCACCUGUCAGUGCAUCCACUAAAGUCUCCUCUGAUGUCAGCAUGACUUCGAUUAAACUGUCUCCUUCUUAUCAACAGGUCCCGCUCAUUCAGAGUGUGGCCAAAUUCGGUGUAGCAAAGACGGCCAUCAAUGUUCAGGCCGCACAAGCAAUGAGGAGGCAAGCAUGGGUACCAACUGUGAUGACCGGGGGGAGUAUCACAAAGUUUUCUCCAAUGUCAUCAACCAGAAGCCCAACCAUUGGGACGAUGGAGACAGUCCAGAAAUACUCGGUGGAGAACACCCCGAUCUGCUUCUCCCGCUGCAGUUCACUGUCCUCCCUCUCCUCAGGCGACGGAGCGCUGGAUGGACAGAGUGAAAAUGAGCUUGAGAGUGACUCCUCAUUAGAAAUAAUAGAAGUGGAGGAUGAAGAAGUGGUGAAGAGACCUGAAGAGGAUGAAACCUUAGAGGAUCUGAGUGACAGUCAGCUGCUGAUGACUGACUCAAAGACGUUUCCCAGCAAAGAAACAGAUCCCAUCGAGAUCCCCUGUCCUGCCAAAAGAGAAAAGGUUUUCCUCAGAGCAGCUUCACCGGCCAUACUUGAAGACAGAUCUCCAUCCAGUUCAUCUGAGAACUACAUACACGAGACUCCGCUGGUGAUGAGUCGCUGUAGCUCGGUCAGUUCACUGGGCAGCUUUGAGUCUCCAUCUAUUGCAAGCUCAAUCCAAAGUGAUCCGUGCAGUGAGAUGAUCGACGGAACAAUAAGCCCGAGUGAUCUUCCUGACAGCCCAGGGCAGACGAUGCCUCCCAGUCGAAGUAAAACUCCAUGUUGCAUUGAGGCAAACGGCCCAGAAACACAACCCGCAGGAAUAUCAGGCCAGUGGGAAAGCAGCCUGCGAAAGUUCAUGGAGAUUGCAGACUCCAAGGAGAGGUUCAACCUUCCUCCUGACCUGGACACCAUGAUCUACUUCACUGUGGAAAAGCCCACUGAGAACUUCUCUUGUGCUUCGAGUUUAAGUGCUCUGCCUCUUCACGAGCACUACAUACAGAAAGACGUGGAGCUGAAACUGACGCCUCUACUCCAGCAAAAUGACAAGAAUCUUCCUUUCCCUGACGAGGACGAGCAAGGAUUCGACCACGGGGAGAGAUACAGUGAGGGCAACUCAGACGACGACAUAGAAAUCUUAAAGGAAUGCAUCAACUCAGCAAUGCCCUCCAAGUUCAGAAAAGUAAGACCUUCCCUGAUGACGACCAUCUCCCCUCAUAUUCUCAACUCCCAGAACCGAAAACAAAUUCAUCUCCCUGUGUACAUGAUGCUCCCAAAUGGAAAAACUCAAAUCUGUCCCGGGAGGAGAAUCGUUAUUCCACAAAAGGACGUCAAAUACGAUGAUUCAUCCUUCACUGAUUCUGCAGAAGGUACACCUGUCAACUUCUCCAGCACAACAUCAUUAAGUGAUGAAACACUGAAGUAUCCAGUGAAAGAGAGGGGAGCUAAAGACUGCACAGCUAAAGCUAUGAACAAACAGGAAGUGCUUGACGAUGAAGCAAAGAGGAUCGAAGACUUGAGGAUAUUUUCACACUUCCACAAACCCAACAGGAUGACCUACCCGCCUGAGAUACAAGUGAACCGAACAACCAAACAUGUCGUUCCCACUCAGAGGGUGCUGAUGCAAAGCAAAGAGGUAGCUGACAGAGUGGCCAGCCAGAGAAAUCGUGAUCAGUCUCCUAACCAACAAAAGCGGAGGCAAGGUCAAGGCGGUCCGGUCAGGACCCUGGAGCUUCCCGUCAUAAAGCAAAACACAGACAGUAACCUUAAUGUGCGAUCACGAAAAGGAAUCCUUCGACAUUCUUCGGAGGACGUCUAUGAUGAUGAAAAUGAAAAAGAUGAAGCAAUGAAACGAACAAGUAGAAAACAGAUCAGGGAGGCGAGCAGAAACACUCUCUCCCGGAGCAUGACGAAUAUUGGCAGGAUUGAUAAUUCUCAAGGGAAGUCCAGAGGGUUCCACAGGAUCAAACAGAAUCUGAUAAAGGAUGAAUCCAUUGGAUGUUAUUCACUCAGCUCCUCCCUCAGUUCACUGAGUGAUGCUGAGUUUGAGGAUCAUAAAUCAAAAGCCCAGCAAAUAUGGUACAAAAACAGACACAACAAAACACUGAACAUGGUGCAACAAACAAAGCCUCUGAACAUUCACAGCCAGUACGAAGAGCCGAGCUCGCCGAGCUCAGUCAGCAUGGAUUCAGAGGACGACCUCCUUCAGAAAUGCAUCACGUCUGCCAUGCCCAAGCAGAGAAGGAAGCUCGCUGCCAGGAAGAAGAAAGCAGAAAAUACUCACAAACAAAAGGCCUGUGAUGGGUGGGACAUGGAUGAGGAAAUGGACAGUGAUGACACAGCAUGGGAUAAAGAUUCAGACCUCAAUAGUGUUGAAUGGAGAGCCAUACAAGAAGGUGCUAACUGUGUUGUCACUGGGCUGCAGGCCUCAAAAUCUCAAGAGCCAUCCUCUGAAGAGACUGAGUCUGUCCUGUCAUUCAUGUCAACAUCCAGCUUCACGCCCAAAGAAAGGAAGUUUGCUAAAGACAAAAAGGCGAAUAAACCUCUCGACUUCGCUCAGCGCAAGCCAGUUCCAAACUUACCUGUGGUUUUCAGAGGCAGGACCGUCAUCUACACACCAAAAAAAGAGACUGCGCCAUCACAAAGACCUCCUCCCAGAAGAGUACCAUCCAAGACAGAUGCUCCAAAGAACCCAAACCUCGCUCAGCACAGAUCAAAAAGCCUUCACCGAUUAGGCCACCCCCAGGACAUCGAACUGUCUUUGCCAAAGAGGAGCUCCACUCCACCUCCAAGGAUACCAAAAAGUUCAUCCUCUGGAUCAUCACAAAGCUCGACACCAUCUAAACACUCUCAGAAGAAGAUAACAUCCCCAACUCAGACGAAUAAAAACAUCCAGAAGAAGAAUACAUCACCAACUAGCAGCCCGCCAGCUAGUAGUCCCCCUGAGAGGAAGGGACGCUCUCCUGUUGUCAACCAGAAUGAAAAAUCUCCACCACCUAAAACUCAGAAGUCACCUGUCAGAAUCCCUUUUAUGCAAACUUCAGUCAGGCCCAGACCUCUGUCUCCUCUGGUGACAAACCAAGGAACCAGCAGACAAACCAAUCAGACUAAUGGAAAAAGGGUUCCAGCAGGAAAUCGACUUGAACUGGUCAGGAUGACUUCUGUCCAUUCAAGUGGGGGCGAAUCUGACCGCAAUGGAUUUCUGAGACAGCUGACGUUCAUUAAGGAAUCAAAGACUCCGCUGAGACGAGAUGUCUCUGCACGCAACACGCCCGGAUCUCAGAAUGGAUCCCCCCGCAGAGCAGCUCCUGCAGCUUCAGCUGUCUUCCUGUGCUCAUCACGCUGUCAGGAACUUAAGGCAGCUGUGCAAACCCAGAGAAGGGUGCAAGUAAAAGGUCCGGGACAAGCUCAGCAAGUCCAGAGGCCAGAAGAUGGACAGAAGCAGACAUCAGCACUCUCCAGAGCAACCUCCAGUGAAAGAGACCUUUCUGCAAGACGCCCGGGGAGGAGAACCAGCUCUGAAAGCCCGUGCAGGGUGGCUCAGCGAAAUGGACCUGGCAGAGUGUCUGGAGCCAGGCAGCAACAAGACAAAGAAACCUUUAAACGUCACGCCUCGUCACCAAGCAUAAACGUACUGAGCCGAGUGACCAGCCGCUCCUCCCUUCGCUCUUCAUCAUCUGAUUCAAGUGGAAGAGCAAAGAGCGAGGAUGACACAAAGAAAAAAGGGCAGAGAUCUGCAUCUCGGCUGAAUGACAGAGUCACUUGGAGGAGGAUCAGGGAUGAAGAUGUACCUCAGAUCUUGAAAAGCACUCUGCCAGCCAAUGCAUUACCUCUGGUGCCUUCUCCUGAUGGGGAAAAGCCGAAGCUACCAGCUCUUCCAGGAAAACUGCCAACCAUUCUACUUGCUUCUCGCAAGACAAGCGACGCAACAGUCCAGACAGAAGACUUCUCGAACAACAAGACCAACUCGAGCACCUCCCCGUCGGCUGAAACCGCUCAGGUGAUCUCGGAGGAAGUGGCGCGACUGGCGCUUCUCAGAAAGAUCAGCGCCGCCUCUGGGAGUAACCUCCAGGAUGGAGAUUCAGACGGCUCCCUGAGGAGCACCGUCUCCACGGGAACAUCAGACAGCCACGUGGGCGGAGUCGUCCAUUUCCGCCAAGGAUCCCCCAGCAAGGCCGCCCGAGUCUCUCCAUUCAAUUACACCCCAAGCCCCAUGACCUGCUGCCUGCAAGACGCACAGAGCCAAGCAGCCACAAUCAACCAGAAGUCAGGGGAGAAAACUGAAUCGUAGGACGGUCAGUGGACGACUGGACGGUGUUCCUGUAUGAAACUCAGCACUCAGGUGGACAGACGGGGAGUGUGCUGGUCCCUAUACCUCGGGAAUUGGCCCUUUACUUUCCCCAUUGACUGCAUUCAAAUGUUUCUCUCUGAACAAUUGCUCACAGCUUCCAUCGACCAUUCACACAGGGUUGGAUGUAUGCAUUGAGACAAGUCUGACACAAGCAGACCAUCAGUAACUUUCAGAGAUGCACUUCAGAGAAAAAUCUCACCCAAAAUGGAAAGUGCAUCUUUUUGUACUUUUUUUGUAUUUGUAGAUGAAUCAUUGCCUGGUAGAACUUUAGUGAAAACAAAACGCAAAAGACAAUGAACUUGAGUUAGGCACAUAAAUCAUCCUCGGUCUCCUGGACAGAACGGACAGAAGAACAAUAUUAUGCAAACUUUUGAAGGAUAACUCAGUUGGACUUUUACCUGAAGAAGGUAAGAACUGUGGCCGACUGUUGACAGACUCACUGAGGACACAAACACUGACAUGUAAAGUCUUUUUUUUACAUACAGUCCAUCGAAGCUUUGGGACGUUGCCUCACCAACAAUACUGAAAACAAUACACUGUUAGCCUUUCCUGUAACGUACAUGGAGGCCAGAGGGGUUGUGGGUAAAUCUGUGGUGAAACGUUUCUUUAAAUUAAUAUUAGGGUUAUUUUAUUCCAUCUGUCUUUGUUUCUUCGACACAAUCCUUGUAAUAUGCGUUGCAGGAAUAAAAGCUUGAUCAGUACAAAACUUAAAGGUGCAAUAUGUAAGAACUUUAGUUUAAAUGUUUAAAAAAUGAAAAUCAUCACGACAUUGUGAAGAAAUAACAGUUCUGUUAUGUAAAAGACGUCUACGGACAUCCACUGAAGUUAGCAUGCUAACCAGCUAGCCUGGGCCUGAAAACCAAAGCUUCUGCGAUAGCACCAAGACUUACCCGGACAGCUAAUAUAGCUAACAAGCUAAUGGCAGCUACAGUCAUGGACAUACAGAAUACAGUCGGCAGCAGUUAGCAGACAACGUGCUGCCCUCUGUAUGUUUGGAGAAUGAAAAUCUUACAUAUUGUACCUUUAAUCCUUGAAAUCAAAAUUUAGCAAACAACAACACAGAAAGUUGAGUCGACACGAGUCAGUAUUCUAAUUCAGUAUUUCCCUGAAGCAGUGCAGCUAACAGGGCGAACACAUGCAGACAUAUUAUGGGAUUGUUGUCCUGGUAUAGACGGCAGAUCGCUCUGCUCUCUUAUUAAUUUGAGGAUACGAUUCAUCACAACUCUUCACCCGACACCGACUGGACUCCACUUACAUCACCGCUGCAGAAAAUAUUACAGCAAACAGCAUCAUGAUUAAGCUCUCAGCUGAUUGGGUGUCACGUCUCCCUCUCCUGUACUCCGUCUCAGUUAGUGUUGUAAAUAACAUGCAGAUAUACAAAAUCUUCAAAGCUUCCUGGUGGGCAAAUGAAUCUCUGUGUUGCUCCCUGACAGCAUGCCGAUAUAUUCACCGACCGUACACACACACACCUGGUAACUUUGUGGACGGACGGCGGCGACGUCGUCAGUCAGUGGGUAAAUACUUUGAGAGCAUCACUAGCCAUCUGUAUUCAAGUGCCGCAAAGAACUCUAAUGCUAUAAAGUGUCAGUGUAGAUGAACAGAUCCUCCGUUAAUCGAAUGUGAUGACAUUAUAUUUGUGUUUGCUACUAGAGUCAGACACUUUGCUGUUGAAUAUUUCCUGUCAAGAACACAACGAUUCACUGGACAGCUGGUUUGACUGGAUGGACACGUGUCCUUACAGACGUUAUCCUCUCGAAGUCUUUCUAACGUGUUAAUAUCUGCUUAACUGUGUUGCUGUAAAAGUAGUGAUAGGUUGAGAAGAAGUCGAAUAUAAAGACGAUGAAUAUUCUCUGUAGUUGUACCAUCACUCCUCCAUGUGUGCUACGACAGCAGACCGCUGCACCGAGCUGACAUUAAUCUACAUUAAGGGGCUGUUUGUCACGAAAACAAGGUUUUAUAUUUACGACCGUCACCCCACUGUACUUCCAAAGCAUGUUUUGAGUAUGAAUAAAUCCCAAGUAGCUUCUGAACGCAAACCUUUCAAGUCCCAAUGAACAUUGUGAGACAUGGAAGUGAUAGAAAAUCUGCAUCUUUACAGCAUCAAACACUCAGCAGCUGUACGACGGACCAGUGAGGUCAACACGAUGUUCAGCCUGUGAAAUGAUCAGAGACCACUUAAAGUGGUUUUAUAUAAAACUAAAAAUCUCAACAUCUGCAUAAAAUUCAUGCACACAUUAUAUCACCUCUGCUACACAAAGACUAAAAACUGCCUUCUGGGAAAAUGCUUUAAAGUAGAAAACUGUGACGCUCAAGUUACAAAUAAAAACACACAAGUUUUGUUUUGUUUGACACGUUUGGCAUUAAUUAAAGACACAGUAUGUAGGAAGUUAGUGGUCAUGCUACACGAUGCUCACCACACAACAGACUGGUUCAUAUUCGUCCAAAUCUUGGAGUCUCUUAUUUGAGUUCGUAGCUGGAAAAGUUGGAUUUAUUCACAUUUUCGUUGAGUGUUUGAUCCUGAAAAGAUCUGGAUUAUUUUGUAACAGCCCCUAAAAAUCCAAUCAGGAUGUUUGUCCGCCAUCGCCGUCGGUGACCUUGUUCACGUCCGGCUGCAGACAAGAUUUUAGACGAGUUUUAAAUAACGUAGCUUCUGCUUUGCAUUUAGCGUUUUCCAGCCUACAACUAAAUAUUUAACUGUUGAGGGUACAUUAAUCUGGACGUGCAUGUGACUGAGUCAGUGAUCAGGUGAUGACGGCGGCGAGGCUGCAGCCUGCUGAGCGUGAACGAGGCCACGGAGGCGCAUGGCGCCAUGUGAAAUAGGAAAGCAACAGAGGUGUGUCAUAAUAAAUGUUUUCAUCCAAUAAAAAGUGACGUGUUUCAUUAAAGCGCUGUGUCGACUCUCCUUCAGACAGACGCAGGUGUGUGACUGUGUUUUCAUUUGUUCCUGUCGUCGUUCACUUUGUUCAGACUGAACGUGAAGUUUCAACACCACAAGUUCAUUUUGUCACGAUUCAGAAAAUUAGAAGAUCUGAUUUUGUUACGUUUUAAACAACAUGUCACAAUUUGGAUUCUGAAUAAAAAAUAAGCGUCGGACAUGUUGGUUUCUUUUUCAGAGAUCCUGUAUUGAUUUGUUUGUGAGGAGGGUUCACUCUGACCAGAGAAACUAACUGUACAAACUGAAUUUCUCUCGCUUGUCUUGUAUCG